AUGCCCGGUCCCAAGAUUCUAUGCGUUGCAGAAAAGCCCGCAAUAGCCAAAGCCGUCGCCCAGCAUCUUGCGGGUGGCCAGCUAAAUACGCGUCCGAUUCGCGGUAGUCAAUAUGUGAAGAACUAUGAGUUCGAGUUCAAUUUUCGAGAAUGGGGCAAUUGCUCGGUCACAAUGACCAGUGUGCUGGGCCAUCUGACAGCCCUGGAUUUUGACCCGAGAUACAAGAGCUGGAAGUCGUGUCCACCCAGCCAAUUGUUCGACGCAACAACCUUGGUUACCAUCGACAAAGACAAGAAGCCCAUCGCCGACAAUAUCCAGCAACAGGCUCGUUAUGCUCGAAUUCUCUUCAUCUGGACCGAUUGCGACCGUGAAGGCGAGCACAUCGGUGGCGAAGUCCGCGAUCAGGCCAAGAAGGGCAAUCCGAACAUCCUUGUAAAGCGAGCAAAGUUCAGCAACACCGAAAGAGCUCAUGUUAUACAGGCAGCACACUCCCCCAUCGACAUGGAUGAGCGCCAAGUCAGUGCUGUGGCCGCCAGGAUAGAGCUCGACUUGCGUAUAGGAGCAUCCUUUACCAGGCUGCAGAGUCUUGAACUACAGUGUUUGAGCGAAAAUCUCCGCGACAAGAUGAUCAGUUACGGCUCCUGUCAGUUCCCCACCCUUGGAUUUGUGGUCGAUCGCUACAACAGAGUGCGGAACUUUAAGCCAGAGCUCUUUUGGUCGAUCAAGCUAGUGCAGGUUCGCGCUGGGAUCAAGGUCAACUUCAACUGGCGGAGAGUGCAUCUUUUCGACCGAGCUGUGGUCACUAUACUUUUCGAGGCAUGUCUUGAUGCAAAAUAUGCCCGAGUCACCAAGGUGCAAACAAAGCCGACGUCGAAAUGGCGCCCGUUGCCUCUAACCACUGUGGAACUGCAAAAGCUCGGGAGUCGUUUUCUACAUAUGACUAGUCACCAAGUCAUGUCCGUCGCGGAGAAGCUCUAUACAAAAGGCUUCAUCAGCUAUCCGCGCACGGAGACCGACCAGUUUCCUCAAGGGUUCGGCUUUCAGCCUAUCAUUGAACGCCAGACCCGAGAUGAUCGUUGGGGCCGGUAUGCGCAGGGACUGCUUGACGGCGGCUUCCGAACGCCUCGGUCCGGGAGUCAUAAUGAUCAAGCCCAUCCUCCCAUCCAUCCGGUCAAUUAUGCCGCACCUUCGGCUCUCGAUCAGCAUGAAAAGAAGGUGUAUGAGUUUGUGACCAGAAGAUUUCUUGCAUGUUGUUCGGAAGAUGCCAAGGGCGAAGCGACCGACAUUGAACUGCUCUGGGGCACGGAGAUGUUCCACACACAUGGCCUCCUCGUGCGGGAACGAAAUUACCUCGAUGUUUAUGUCUACGAUAAAUGGGAAAGCAGUCAACAACUCCCUAUCUUCACCGUGGGCGAAACGUUCGAGCCUACAGAAGCCAAUAUGGCCGAGGGCAAGACCACUGCGCCGGGAUAUCUUACCGAACCCGAGCUCAUCACCCUCAUGGACGCGAACGGGAUUGGUACUGAUGCCACGAUGGCGGAGCAUAUUGCCAAGAUCAAGGACCGCUCAUACGUUGAUACCCGGCCGCGAUCGGGUGGCGGUCGCAACUCAGUUCAGGAAUUCAUCCCUACAACAUUGGGAGUGGCCUUGAUUGAGGGAUAUGACAACGUGGGUCUCGACGUCAGCGUCAGCAAGCCGUUCCUUCGCAAGGAAAUGGAACUAAAGAUGAAGGCCAUUUCUGAAGGACGCAAGAGUCGAACGGAGGUUGUGCAAGAAAGCCUAGACCAAUACCGUGAAGUCUUUAUCAAGACACAACGCGAGAUUAAUGUUCUGAAGGAAGCUGUGACGAAAUAUGUUGUCAAUGCCGGCGCUCACUGA